AUGGCCGAGUAAGAAACAACAAAUAUGGCAACCCAUGUUUUGAUGAGGAGGGGGAAGCGGGCUGUCGCCGAAUACAUGAAGGCGGAAUGUCUGCGACCGAGCGGACAGCAGCAAUUAAACGAACUCUUAGAGCACCUGCUCGAUCCAUCAAAGACUUUGGAUGAUUUUGAGACUCUAGAUUGGUGCCGGUGGCUGAUGGCAGGGGGGACAACUUUUGACGAUUUCGCCAAAACAGUGAGACAGUACGACAAUGCGACAACAUGUGGUUUAGUGUGGACGUCAAAUUUCGUUGCAUAUCGCUGUAGAACAUGCGGCAUCAGCCCGUGCAUGUCACUGUGUGCCGACUGCUUCCAGGCCGGGAACCACACGGGGCAUGAUUUCAACAUGUUUCGUAGCCAGGCAGGAGGAGCUUGCGACUGCGGGGACAUCAGUGUUAUGCAAGCUGACGGAUUCUGUAACCGUCAUGGUCCAGGGAGAACAGACUCCAGUGUGGGGGCGCCACAGGAGCUGCUGGCCGUCGCUGAAGCCAUGAUGCCCAAACUAUUAGUGAGACUUGUCCAUCAUCUCAGGAACAACUCACAACCAGAGAUGCUAGACACCUACCUGCUGGCGAUGCAGGAUGCGGACAUGUUCCUGAGCUUUCUCCACUCUCUCAGUGAGAUGGGUGCUGCCAUGAAACAAGUCCUGACAGGAGCCCUCACCAACCCACAGGUGUACAGGAACUUUACAGAGACUGAUGGUGAAAACAGUCGCUCCAGACUUAGUCUACUACACAAUCAAGACAACUACCUGUCAGCUCUCCAGACACUGAGGUGCCCCAGUAUACCAGAGAACUUUACUAAUAUUCCAGGACUAAAACAAGAUUUAAAGCACACCACCCUCCUGGAGGAGCUUAUGUUUUGGACAGUAAAGUUUGAAUUCCCUCAGAAAAUUGUCUUUUUGCUGCUUAGUUUACUUCCAGAUGAAUAUUUCAAGGUGUGUUUCAUCAAGGCGUUUGUCCAGCACUACAGCCGUAGCUCUAUAGCUCUGGUUAAUUCAGUGGACAGGUCCACUAUAGCUAACAAAGUGGUCCACAUUAGUGUCCAGUUAUUUAGUAAUGAGAAGUACUCCAGAGAUAUGGUGCUGGAACAUAACCUGUUACACAUCAUGGUGGUCAGUUUGAAACAUAUGAUAGGGAACGUGCUCACGGGGAGUGACAUGCAAGAUGCAGAGAACAACUUCCAUGUUGUGGCAGACUGCGGACAGGAGAUCAUGAAGGACCACUGCUAUUGGCCAAUUAUUAGUGACCUCAUCAAUGUGUUGUCCCACCAGUCAAUUGCACACAUCUUCAUGGACAACAAGUCACUGAUAGAGCUGUGGAUGGAGCUGAUAUCUCACUUUCAAGGAAUGAAUCUCAACCAGCGCGAGCUGACGCAGCACGUGGAGUACGAGCCAGGCACGUAUUACGCUGCAUUCUCUGCGGAGCUGGAAAUCUGCGCUUCUCCCAUGUGGUCCAUGGUGGGCCACCUGAAGAAUGAGGCGUCCAGAAAACUGAGCAGAGAUGUUUUGUCGGUCAUCUUAGAUGAAGUGGAAAGCUGGUUUGAUGCCAUCAAUCUCAGAGGAGCUUUCAAGGUGCCACAACUGUCCAGGUCUUUGCUUAUUAGUUUCAAACCUAACCCAAUGCAGGUGUCCUUCCACAUUCCUCUCCAUCGCUACCUGGCCAUUUUCCUCAGUAACGCGGUGCGCGUGCAGGGCCUGCAGCUGAAGGAGCUGCUGCCAAAAGAAGAGUCCCUGAAACUGAUCAUGAUGCACCCGCUGCAACUUCAGGUGGCAUGUUGUGAGAUAUUCUGUGGACUGUGGGUGAGGAAUGGCCUUCAGAUCAAAGGUCAAGCUAUGACCUACAUCCAGUGUCACUUCUGUAACUCACUGGUUGAUGCUGACAUGUACCUACUGCAGGUGUGUGCAUGUGGCCUUGACCCGACCUACUUUCUGCACACCGUGAUAGAGAGGUUUCACAUUCAGGAUUGGCUGACUUUAUCACCAAUUCACCACAACCCGUAUCUGGAGGCUGAGAAAGAACCAGCCAUGGUGGAAGGCAUGUUGAGUUUCCUUACAACAUUGCUGACUACCAGGUUACAUACAGGCAUGGAUGACAAAGAGACGACCCGUAAGGAGAUGGUGGCUCUGCUGUGUGUGGCAGACAGGACACACAGCCAGCUUAUGGACCUGAUGCCUGAGAAAUGUGGACUCACUGGGCAGACCAAGGACUUUGAAGCCACUCUUAAAGAGGUUGCAGAUUAUAAAGCCCCCACAUUUGAGGCUGGAGGAGAGCUGCAGCAGGGGAUGUAUGUGCCAAAAGACUUUAUCUGGGAGGAAGAGUUUGACCCUGUGUUUGUAAGCCUGAGAGCAGUUCAGAGGAAAGAUCUGCAGGCGGCCAUGGACAGAUACACCAAGUAUAUACAACAAGUUGGCAAGUACAGUGAGAAGCAGUCCCCGUGGCCUCCAUUCCGACCCCUGGGGCAAGUGACAGAGCAGUACCAGGGCCUGAGACGUCUGCUACACUGCAAGACUUUCCAUGGAAUGAUUUUCUCUGUACUCUACAAGGCAGUGUAUGAGCCCCAGAUGUCUGAGACAAUCAUCUACCUGUGUGUUUACCUGCUGGAAAUGGCUGUCACCACACCUGCUACAGGUGUAACUGACAGGGAAAUAGUGGUGCCAAAGCAAGUCCAUGACAAGUUAUUUAAGGAGUGGUUUCCUAGCAACAACAUACAACAGAACUUGAGACAUAAGAUUCAACAGGUGCUUGUCUCCAGGGAAACCACCCACUCCCAGCCAGUUAUCAUAGACCUGGACACAGAGAGUUUAUCUGAGAUGUUUGAGCUGGCCCCCAGUGCUGUAGCCUCCACCCAAGGUAUCAUCACAUCUGGUUUACAUGCUUCUGCUUUGACUGGAGCUGCCAGUGUUCAACAAGGUCAAGGUCAGCAUCAAGGUCAAGGUUAUAGUACGGGUCAGAACGAAGGUCAAGGGGCAUCUCCGUCUCAUCAUAAAGUAACAGGUCAAUCUGAUGGGUCGUCAGGAGGAACGAGACCCAAGUAUCAGAGCAGAGGGGUGGCGACAGACUUCAGCUCAGGAAGACAUUCUGUGAUUGACGUUAACGAGAGUUUAAUAUCUCUUCUGAUUAAAUUGCACAACAAGCUGUCAGGAAAACCAGGAUCCUACGUUCCCGAGAUUCUGCGUAGUACAACAAUGGCGUCAGUGACAAGUGACCAGCCUAGUUCAGAGUCCCGUAUCGGCAAUGGGCCGCAUUUCAUUGGUCAGCUGCUGGACAGAAUUGCUAGAAUUAAUAUGGACAAUGCUCGUAUUGUUGAGGAGGUGUACAGACUGCUGCAGCCGCAGAAGACGAAAGACACCAGCGCAGGGCCGAGUGCAGCACAGGGGGCGGUGGAUAAAGAAGAGAAGAGGAGGAAAGCACGGGAACGGCAAGCCAAACUGAUGGCUGACUUUGCGUCCAAACAGAGAGCAUUCAUGGAACAGGCCAUGGAACUCAAUGAUGAAGAAGACAGUGAAGAUGCAGGCAUGGAGCAGACAUUACCUGUGGUUGUGAAAGAAUAUGACUGUGUGAUAUGUAAUCAGACCACCCCCUCUACACCAGAUAGACUAGUAGGAAUGGUAGUUCUACUACAGGCUACUAGUGUUCUUGGUCACCGUCGUCAGGUGGAGGAGGUCCGCACCAUGCCGACCAGUGAGGAGGAGAUGAGACAGGUACGAGAGAGUACCAACUGUGGCCAGGUGCAGGCACAGAGGCUGAGGAAGAUGGUGACGUAUUUUGAGGAGUCAUCUUGUCUGCAGUCUAUGAACAUAGGCUGGGAGGGGGGCGUGGCAGCACAGACAUGUGGUCACUAUCUACAUAUAGACUGUCAUGGCUCAUAUAUGGAAUCUGUGAUACAAGAUCGUAACCUGGCCCAUGGUCUGGUGGUGUACAAAGGCGAGUAUUGGUGCCCUCUGUGCCGGCAGUUAGCUAACGCCGUCUUUCCUGUCCUCCCUGACGUGGGCAACGUAUCUGUGACGAGACCUGUACCUUCACAUCCUCAGCAGUUAGUACACAGGGUGGCUGAACUCCUGGAACAUAGACAUAUAACUGGGGGUUCCAGUGAGAUCACCCAUGCCAUGAGUGCUGCCAUGGACAACAUUACCAAUGGCACAUAUGCUGAGUACAAGAAUCUCACCAAGUCCCAGAUCCCAGAGUCUAUGCAGUGUUUUGUCUGCUCUGUUGCUAGAUGUAAUUUAGAGUUAGAGUUACUGCAGAGAGGGGGUUCUUUAUGUGGCCAACAGGGGGCAGCAGCAGCAAUGACCAAGAGGUCCGCAUUCUUGCCUCUGUUUCACGUCCUGAGCCUGCACAGUAAAAUCCUCACUCUGAAACCUUAUACAGAUCUCUGGCAGCAAGUCAGUGGCAUCAGCCAGGACUCCAACACAACAAGUGUCACAGUGUACCAAAAAGAUGUCCCACUUUUGCUGAAAGAUGUCACUGCUAUCUUGAUUCAGUUUAUGCUCAAUAUGCCAACAGCUUUAGAAAAAGAGUACUUCACCUGCCUGGUGCAGGCCCUGUACAAUCUAGUCUGUAUACAGGCGCUGGCAGUGACUUCCUGCAAGUUCCCUGAAGAUGAAAGAACAGCUUGGAAGGAGAAAGGAACAGGGGUAUCAGUGGACAGCCUGGAGGGUCUGCUGAGUACCAUCAUCACCCACCUGGGCCUGGGACGGUUAUACGAAGAUGUUGAGAUGGACACACAAAUUCCAGCUAUCUGUCAAAGCGUGUGGUCACCACAGACUGUGGAGAGUUCAGUGCAGGAUUUCUGUUUCCCCUUCCUCCGACUGGCUGCCCUACUGCAGUGCCAUCUAUUCCAUGACAAGCUUCCUCACAGAAUUGACUCUGACAAUGAGUACCAAGCACUCUGCCAGUUCCUUGGUCUUGUCCACGGAGAAACUCCACGCACGCCAUCUUGUGGCAGCCGUUUUGUGACUACGUCAGCCCUGAAGUGGUAUUGUGAGAACCCUCGCAGCCUGCUCAGAGGCUGGUGCAGAGCCUUCAAUGACUUUGUGAGCACUGAGCCCUGUGUAGGGAGGUACUUUCUCCUGGUGAACCCCACAUGGUUUUCUCCCCGCCUGCUGACCCUCCCCAGGGAGUACGACAAGAUCUUCCAGUACUACAGGAAGAAGCCGUGCCACACCUGUACCCGGGUCCCCAAGGAACCAGCGGUCUGUCUUAUCUGUGGCCAGUUUUUAUGUUUCAAGGAGAGCUGCUGUAGACAGGACCAGAUCCAUGAGUGUGUACAACAUUCUAUCCACUGUGGUGCUGGUACAGGGCUGUUCCUAUCUGUGAACUCCUCAGUAAUAGUGGUGGUACGAGGUCCCCGCGCCACCCUCUGGGGGUCAGUUUACUUGGACGAGUACGGGGAGGAGGACAGAGAACUCAAGCGAGGCAAACCCCUGUAUCUGAGUCAUGAGAGAUACAAGAUACUGGAGCAGCAGUGGAUCACCCACAGUUUUGACCACACCUGCAAAAGAUGGAUCUUUCAUCAAGACAGGCUCUAAAACACAGACAAAACCUUGUUAAAUUGUCCAGGAUCAUUACACCCCAUAUCAGUGCACUGUUUUUAAAGUUCAGCAGUAGGUCAAAUAACCCAGUGAGGUUGGGAAAGUGGCUUUAUAACUUGACCUUGACCUGACCCAUCUGAGACUGUGACCUUAAUGUGACCUUAAUUUGUCCUUGACCUGACCCAUCAGAGAGUGUGACCUUGAUGUGACCUCUGAAAGUUUGGCCUCUGUGAGACCUAACAGAAUGUUACAUUGAUUUGACAGUUCAUAUAUUGGAAAGAAAAAUUGGGGAGAAGAUUUUUAAAACAUUUACUUAGUUAUUUGACUGCUGAAGGAAACAGUGAAUUAUGUGUUAUAUUGUUUUAAAUUUUGCUUUUUCUGUUUUGCUGAUGUCCACAGAGUUUUCAAGAGAAUAUUUUUGCGAAAUAUCUGCUCUGAAUUCUGAAGGAAUUUGUUUUUGUAAAUACUCUUUGGGUAGAUGUGUCAUGAUUUGACUGAUGAAACAAAGACACCACAUUUCACGUUAUUUAUUUUAAAACAACAUUUUUUAUGUGAUAGCACAUUGUCAACACCUGUGGCCAAAACAUACCUUCUUUGGCAAAAAAGGUCUGUCGCUGUUUGCACCUACAUAGCUAUAUGGUGGACAUUUAAAAUAACUGUAAAAACGCUAUUGCUUGAACACUGUGUUUGAAGCUAAAUUGAAAGUGUCACAGUGUUUUUUUUUAUAAAAGGUGAAUAUCUGUAUCACUAUUUCUUAUAAAUUAUUAUAAUUUAUUCAGUUUGAAAUAUCUUCAUGUUGACAGGCUCUCAGAACUGACUAAUCCAUUAUUACAUAUAUUUAAUGGUUGUUAAUUCUCAUAAAUUUUUCACUAACUGGUUCAACAGUUAGCUGAAUGAUGCUGCGUUUUAUAAAUUAUUAACUUAUGAGCAUAUGAUUCAGUCAUUUUUGGAUUGUUGAAGGAAUAAACAUUUUCUAAGUUAAGUCUC